AUGCGGUCAGAAGAAGAUGACAUAAAGAACCUAUAUGAAGCAUCAAUGAAGUUUGACACAUCUACUCUAAACAUUUUACUUCAAAAAGAUCCACUCAUUCUCCACAGAAUUUCACUCUCAGCCUUCACUCAAACUCCCUUGCACAUAUCCUGCUUGCUCGGCUAUGUCGAUUUUGCUGCAUCUCUUCUCAAUCAGAAGCCGAAUCUCGCAGCUGAGUUGAACUCUCAAGGACAAUCUCCUCUUCAUUUGGCUUCUGCUGAAGGAAAUUCAGAGAUUGUCACUACCACAUAUGUCACUUUCAGCAACACUAACAUAGCAACACUAUCAAUACUGUUGCAAUAUGAAUGUUUUCUGUGUGUCGAUGUUUUAUUGAGUAUCAACGCGGGAAUCUGCUUAGUUGCUGACCAAAAUGGAAGAAUCCCUCUUCAUUUAGCCGCUAUGAGAGGACGGGUCGAGGUUAUAGAGAGGUUAAUCGGUGCUUGUCCUGAGUCAGUUCGAGCGAAAACGAACUGUGGUGAUACAGUUUUGCAUUUGUGUGUCGAAUAUAGCCAUUUGGAAGCGCUGAAAUUGCUGGUGACAUUUUUGGGAAAAAAUGGCGAUGGGGAAAUUCUCAACUCUAUGGAUGAUGAUGGAAACAAUAUCUUGCAAUUGGCUGUGAUUAUGAAACAAGUUGAGACAAUCAAGUACUUGCUUUCAGUACCUAAAAUAAAAGUGGAAGCUAAUACAUUAUCUUCAAUCUUCAAAGAACACCCAACAAAUUUGAAAGACUACCCAUCACAACAAGAUUCAAAUAACUCAGAAAAUGGUGGAGAUUGGCUAGAAAAGAGCAGAGGAAAUCUGAUGGUGGUAGCAACAGUAAUAGCAGGAAUGGCAUUCCAAGCAGCCAUAAAUCCACCAGGUGGAGUAUGGGAAUAAGACAAUAAAGAUUGCACUACAUCACAAGGAACAAUCACAACUGCAAAGCAGGAACUUCAAAAUUAGCCUAUACUAAUCAAGCAAGGCACCAUCAGUUCAUCCUCAACAACACAAUAUCCUUUUGUGCAUCUUUAGCAACAAUUAUUUUACUAGUUAGUGGAAUUCAUGUCAAGAAAAAGGUUUACAUGUGGAUUUUGCUGAUGGAUAUGUGUAUAACAUUGUUUUUUACAUCUGCUACUUAUGUAGUCACACUUGCAGCGAUUAAAGCGCCCGAUGAUGAAGCUGUUGAUCAUCUUAUUGCUGCUUACACAUGGUUUUGGGUUGUGUUUCUUUUUGUUAUGGCUGCAUUUUAUAUGUUCAAGUUCUUGAUUUUUUUUAAUCAAGAAAAUGUUUGCUAGUUUAAUCCAUGUAAUAGUUUUCUUGUUUAGGAUUGUAAGCAAUAUAUACAUAAUAGGUUCUGUGAUGGUGGUGGUGGAUCAGCCAAGAGGUGGAGUUUGA